AUGAAUGACGAGGAAAUGGCCGAGAAGUAUGCCUUUCUCUAUUUCGAGACCGGCCAUUACGACUUGGCUGAGCGAUGGUAUCGGAAUUGCAUGUCCUUUUGUGAGAGAUUACAAAAACGCGGUAUUUCGCGGUAUCUGAAGGCUCUCACUUGUUUAUCACAAGUUUUGGAACGAAAAGGAGACUUCGUUGAAGCGUCGCAAUUAAGCCAGAAAGCUAAAGAUGGCUGGAUGAAACUCGAUCCUACUUCGAGUUCGGCAAUAAGAUCUCGGCAAGCUUUGGCUCUAUCUUUUAAGGGACUUGGGAAGAUUACCGCUGCCAAAGAAGAGCUUCUUGACCUAUUGGAGAUACCUGUACCUGCAUCGGAGCUGAUGGCUGAGUCAAGUCUGGAGACUACAGCAAUCCUCGUCGAUGUUCUUCGCCGCGAAGGUGAUAUCACCGGUGCUAUCGAAAGGUCCGAACAAAACUUCGAAAACCGAAAGCGUCUAUUAGGCUUCGAACACCAGGACACAUUGGAGAGCGCCAGAAGCUUAGCGAUGGCUCUUCUCCAGCAUGGAGGUAGGCUGAGCUACGCUAAUGGUAUCAUGGAACGCGUUUGUCGGUCUAGAGAAAAGAAUCUCGGGCCGAAUCACCCAGACACCAUCCUGAGCCUCAGCUCUCUCGCAAAGCUUUUGAAGAAACAGGGUAAAUACAAGGAGGCCGAAGAAGAGCAGACGAAAGCCUUGAACCGAUUGAUAAGCGUUGUUGGGCCAGGCCACCCGAAUGCCCUGUCCAUGAUGACCAGUCUUGGGGAUCUCUGUCUGCAGAAAAACCACGUCUCUGAGGCUGAAGGAUUAUUUCGUACGGCAUACCACGGAUAUCUGGAAAACAGGAACUUUGGCCCCAGGCACUCCCAUACUCUCACUGCCCAAAUGAACGUGGCACUUGUUCUCCAGAUCCGUGGGCAACUAGACGAUGCUAAUGAGGUCUACACCGAGAUGAUGGAAAUAUUCAAAGCCAACGGUACGGAAAGAAGCCCUGAUGCUCUUCAUUGCAUGACAAAUCGAAGUGAUCUUUGUGCAAUGCGGGGUGAAUACGCAGAGGCAGAGGCGCUUGCACUCAAAGUUGCCGGGGAAUAUCGGAAUCUUCACGGAGACAAGAGCAUGGGUUACUACUCGGCUUUGCUCCUUGCUUCGAGGGCGAUUCUUAGCCAAGAGAAAUUUGCUGAAGCUGAAAGGAUGUCGAGAAUAGCGCGAAACGGCUUUGCUGACGUUUGUGGCCCACGAAGCCCAAAAGCACUCGACGCACUAGCUAUGCUCGGACUUUCUAUUUUGUAUCAAGAUCGGAACGAAGAGUCUUUAGCCAUGUUUCGAGAAGCUAGCAACGGGUUCAAGAUAUUGGGUGAUCACCAACAUUGGUGCCACGAGGAGGUUCGUGAUUAA